AUGUCUACCCUGGAACCUGCGACAGAUCUAGACCCCAAUGUGUGGUACCAGAUCUCCGAGCUCGCUGUUGAUACAGCCGAUAAAGAUUUGAAUAGCAUGCUCCAGCCCACUGCUCCAGGUGGUGAUCUGCGAGUCUGGCCUGGCAAUAAAGAUUCCUACUGGCAAUUUCAAAAAAUAGACGACAAGCCGGGCCGAUACCAAUUACGAUGUUCCGAUACGACCGUCAAGAAACAGCUCUCAGUAUGCUACCGAGCCGACGUUAUAGACGAAAAGCGCCGCACAAGACCGUGUCUAAUGGCCACUGAUGAUACCGACAAGCAAAAAUGGGACGUGUCAUUAUGGGGCGAAGACGACACAUACAAAAUAACAAACGUGCAGAACGGUACCAAGUGGAAUAUGGAUUGUAUUCCAGACGGUCCAGUCUUUAUGAGCUCGAACUUCGAGGGGAAACAACCACGCCAACACUGGUUGCUGCAGAGCGUUGGAAAUGUCAACAAUGAGAUGUACUCUACCACAUACAGCGCGCCGCCACCUGAAUCGACAGGCGAUAGUACUGCUACCACAGUCGGCACGACAGCCUCCAACUCGAAAGCGACCGCCACAUCCGAUCCUUCAAGCAACGAAUCAAGCACCAAAGAUAGCAGCAGUAGUGACAAUGGCGGAAACACUGGUUUAUCAUCCGGUGCGGUUGCCGGCAUAUCAGUAGCCAUCACACUCGCUGUCGUCGCUCUAGCUCUGGCAGGAUUCUUUUUCUGGCGGCGCAAUAAGCGCAAACACAGCCCCGUUCCUUCGGACCCUUCAGACGACAAGCACAACAACUCACCUAUCGUUGCGUCGCCGGAUGAUGGAGUACAUUCUUACUAUUCGCCCGAGAAGAUGCCUGGUGUUGCUGAGAUGCCACAAGAACAGAGGGCUGCUGAGCUACCAAAUGGUUAUCAACGGCAUGAGUUGGCAUGA